AUGGUCGACAUGUGCAGGACGCGUCUGCCUCCUGCCGAUGAGCCGGAGAUGCAUGGUAUUCUCACUCAAACCAUGCUCGCCAGUCCGGUCAUCAAAUGGAUUCUACCGGCGCGUCUUCGAAGCAAGGACCACAAUGAUGUUGUCUUUGUUGGAGAAAAGCGCGUUCAUAUCAAGGAAGCCACAGGCCCUGGCUGUCUCGAGGAUGUAGCUGAAAAGACCGAUUUCCCAGGGUCGAUCGGUGCAGCCAAAGUCUUGAAUGUGAGCACGGAGCUUCCAUUGGAGGCACAUAUCCAACCUGGGGCCCCGCAGUAUGGUCCAUCACAGAUCCUUGUACUUGUCGUGGACAUGAAGGAGCUGCAGUUCCUGUAUUGUUCUCCAUCAAGGCCUAACCAGUUCGUCACUUUUCGUCGCCCAUUUCCAUACAACGUGAGCCUUGAAAUGAGAUUUGGCAAGCAUCUUGCCGUUGACCCAAAGUCUCGGGCGGUCGCUGUAUGUGCGACGAAAGACUUCUUCGGGGUAAUGCGCCUCAACUCUCCCGAUGAAGCUCAAGUGCAGAUGGCUAACGAGAAACUGAAUCCUAUCGAAGAGGAAAAAUUCUACAAAACCGAGGGAACGAUCCUGUUUCUAGAAUUCUUGUACCCGAAGACUGCCGACGAUAAAAACAUUAUUCUACUUCUGGUCGUACAACGGGAUGGUGUUUCUCAUGCUAUGACUUAUACGUGGAAAGACAACGAACGUCUCAGUGCUAGCCAGCCAGAGAUAAAUGAUUUCAAACUGAGCAAGCAGCACAGAUUGCCUACUAUGAUCGUCCCGUUGACUAAGAAGUCGUCAUUUUUGGUUGUGACCACUACUUCCAUGGCAGUAUACUCCUCCGAUGGUGGAAAUCGCCCUACAAGAUACCCCCUCCAUGCUCCCAAUCCAGACAUCAGUGCCGCUUCAAUGUGGACUCGUUGGGCGAGACCAGCCCGCAACUGGCUGUACAGUCAAAGCCAUGAUGGAAUUUACCUUUGCCGUGAAGACGGCUGGAUUUAUCUCCUGGAGUUCGGCAAUGAGGGAGAUCUUGAAACCCAAACUUCUCUAGGGCAGAUCCACUGUGACGUCGAUAUGGCAUUUGAUGUACUCGACAUGGGCUCCCAAGGUGGUGAUUUCAUCCUGGCAUCUGGUAGCACUGGCGAUGGCGGACUUUUUGUGCAAGAAGCUCGAGCUGGCCCGAAGUGUGUACAGAGAUUCUUCAAUUGGGCUCCAGUCCGCGAUGCCACCAUGGUCUGCCCAGUGACCCGAAUAACACCCCAGGGAGGCAUUGCUAGCAAUCGCCUUUUUGCUUGUUCUGUUUCCACAGCAGAUGGUGGCGCGAUCCAUGAGUAUCGAUGGGGUAUGGAGGCUCAACAGAGCUUCAACGUGCCCAUCGAUGAAUUAUCAAGUAUCAGAGACAUGUGGACCAUGCCCGAAAUAGUGAACGGGGGUGUUUACAUCCUGCUUUCUGACCCUAUUUCGACUCUGCUUCUAUACCUGAACCUGGAUCUGGAUGAACCAAUCAGCGCCCUGGAUGAGGAACAGACAGGACUGGAUAGCAAACAAACCUUGGCCGCGGGAUGUACACCUGAUGGUUUACUGAUUCAAGUCACCGAGGAAGCCACCCAUAUUUUCGCUUUCCACGACGUUUCUUUGAAUACAUACGUGCCGCAUAAAGAACAUGUGGCUAUCCUUGCAGUAGCUGUUGACGGUCUAAAGUCAACAGUGAUCACGGCUAUGCGGCAUGAAGACCAGAACCAUAUCUAUAUGAGUCACAUAGUUGCCACUGGUGAUCAGGUCCGUUUAGUUGUUAGUGAGUCUGUCAAGAUUGCCAAAGAACCCAUUUGCAUUUCUCUCCAAACCUUUGGAGAUUUGGAUUUUAUCUUCUUGGGUAACUCCAAUGGAACGAUUGAUGUUUUCUACAUUGAGAACAAUAGUAUCAGCUUCCUGUUUGAGAAAGCUAUCGUCAUUGAGAAUAAUGUCGACUGGUCGACAGUCAUCGAAAGUUUCGCGACCAUUCGGAUCACUUCACCAAAUGGCUCCUUGCGAGCCUUUCUACUUUGUGGAUUGCGAAGUGGGAUGCUUAUCUCAUUUGAAGUGGAUUUCAAUGCUGACAACUUUAUCGGGCUACAACAAAAGGAGGCAAGUCGUAUCGGAACGACAUCCGUUCGACUCAAAGGGAAAGGCACAUUCGUCCUCUUAACAUGCGGAGAUGAGCUAUGGCAUGUAUCGUACAAUUCGGACUGCAUUCCAUCUGACUAUAUUAUUCGACGAGUCUGGAUCACAGACCAGAGCAACCCUGCAUAUCUCCCCAUUUCUGUCCAUGGCUUCGAUCUUAUCGGAACCCAGAAUUCAGAGCCAGAAGCUUCCCUGGGAAAUUUAUUUUGCUUCGCAGACCAUCAGCUCCUCCUAUGUUCUCUGAAUCGAGAAAUUAAGAUGGUUCCGCGACGCAUCGGUUUACCCGGAAAACCACAAAAAAUGGCAUAUUCAACCAUUCUCCAGAGUUUAAUUGUGUCCUACAAUAUUCACAGUAUAGAGGACCCUGAAGACCCUCUCACUAAGACGGCCAGAUCUUUCAUCGAAUUUGUGGAUCCGGAUUCACAGGAACCCGUUGUCCACAGGCCGCGUGAAGACAGUUCAGAUCAGCUGUGGAGACCCGAGUCUGCUCGUGGAGAGACAGUCACUUGCAUCUUGGAUUGGACUUUUGAGAGAGAUGGAAAAACCUAUUACAUGGUUGCCAUUGGCACAUCCCUCCCGGGUUUGUCUGACCCUGAAUCUCACCAGGGCAGACUAAUCCUACUCGCCCCUCGACAAGAUCCACCCGGUUCACGCAACAUCAAGUGCUCGACUCAGUUUACUCGAGUUGUGCAAGGACAGAUUAAUGCACUGGCAGCCUACGAAGAUAGUCUCAUCAUUGGCGCGGGCAACUGCCUGAUCCCUAUGUCGUCUAAGGCAGCAACUACAACGUGGCAACGAACCGCUCCAAAACAACUUCCUUCCACAGUAGUUUCCAUUUCCAUCCAUGGGAAUUUCAUACUUGCAUUGACUGCACGACACUCGUGGAUGGUGUAUGAAAUCGAUUAUCAUUCUGAUGGGAGCGCUGCACUGGUUCCCCGCUCCUGGGAUCACAUCGAACGCGAUGGAUUGACUCAUAUGGUCUCGCAGGGCGAUAAACCCCUCAUAUACAUGAGCCACCGUGGUGGCCGUGUUUGUGCUACCAUGCUAAACGAUAUUGAUCACCCAAGCACCGUCUCAGAGGCUCAUCUCUCCGAAUCAGUAUUACGUUUUGUUCCCGGAAACAAGACCGACGGCAGCUUGUACGGAUUCACAGUCCUUGGCUCUAUCUAUCGUUUUAUUCUGCCUGAUACCAAGGAGCUGAAACUGCUGAGAUUCCUGCAGAACAUCUGCUACAAGGAUCGGACCCUUUGCCCGUUUAGCUCUAAGCACCAGCGACAUAAGAAACCACACGAUUUGACUGGCCCUCAUAUUGAUGGGGAUAUUCUUACUCGUCUGGCAGAACAUGGUCCAGAGUUUCUUGAGAGGUUGAUCACAUCCCUAGAAUCUCCCCCAGGAUCACCUUCAGCAGAGGAGUUGUUCAACCAGCUUGCCAUCCAAGCUGUAGAGCAUCUGGGGUCCAAUCCUACCGAAGAGUUAUUUAACCAACUCGCACUCCAAGUUGUGGGGAAGCUAUCGACAGAAGCAGUGAUUGCCUGGCUGCGAAAAAUGCUUGAUAUAUCCAUUUGA